AUGACAAAAUAAUUUCCAAAUAGUUCAAGGGAAAGAAUGACACUUAUUGAUUUGCUUUUUGAUGAAAGUUAUCCAAAAUAGAAGACUUUACCUUAGAAUAUUCCUACAAUCAGUACAAAACCAAGUGCUAAAAAAUCUGCCCCACAAAUUAAAUCUUUUGAUAACAAAAUUUAACUAAAAGAAUCAUCAAUAAAAUAAAAAGAUAAACUAUCCCAUAUUUAUUCAAUAAAUGAAUUAAUAAUCUAAAAUCCUAAACAGCAAUAAAUUGAUUAUUAAUAAGUAUAGAAUUCUCAAAAUAAAUUACUGGAAUUGCUAAAACCUAUUAAUUUUAAGAAAUAAAAGAAAAAAGAAAAUUUUAGAUUGCAUAAUAGUGAGAACUGUUCAAUAAAUUAAUACAAAUUACCAAGUUUAUCAUCAAGAUAUAUUAAUACUAAUAAUAAUAACUUAAAUUCAUAUAGAAUUUAGGUAAGACAAUCUAUUUAGGAUAUUAUUAAAUGUAAAAUAUGUUUCUAAUAUAUUGAAUAUGAUAAUUUUAAACUAAAUUGUUAACAUAGUUUUCAUAAAGACUGCUUGAAAGAUUAACUCUAAUAAUUAAUAAAUUAAGGAUAAUACAAUCUAAAUUGUAUUAGUUGCAAUGAGAGAAUAAAAAAUAGUUAAUUGAGAAAUAUAUUAAAUAAGAGUAUGAUUGAAUUAUACUACUUAAAUUAAAUUAAAUUCAUUGUUUCAAGAUAUCAUAAUAUAGUAAAAUUUGAGAAAUGUAAAAAAUGUUUCUUUUUUUGGAUUAAAAUGCCAUAAGCGAAUAAUUUUGAUUCCUAUUGUCAGAUUUGUGAAUCAAGUAAUUGUAAAUGA